AUGCCUACAUAUGCCAAGUUUUUGAAGGAAAUCCUAACCAAGAAGAGGGUUGUGGAUGUGGUUGAGACUAUUAGCCUACCCGAAAGUUGUAGUGCCAUUAUCCAAAAUAAGUUGCCCACCAAAUUGAAAGAUGACGGGAUUUUUUCCAUCCCUUGUGCAAUUGGGGAACGUGUCAUAGAUAAGGCCCUAUGUGACUUGGAGGCGAGUGUUAGUAUGGUGCCAUUCUCUAUUUUUCAAAGGUUGAAUGUGGGAGAGUUGAAGCCUACCCAAGUGUCUCUCCAAUUAGCCGACCGUUCGGUGAAACUUCCAUUGGGAAAGGUAGAGGAUGUGCCUAUGAGGAUUGGGAUGUUCUUUAUUCCCGUAGAUUUUGUGGUCUUAGAAAUGGAGGAGGACCCCAAUGUUCCAAUCAUUUUAGGAAGACCUUUUCUUGCCACCACGGGGGUAAUCAUAGAUGUGAGAGGUGGUAGACUAUCCCUUAGUGUGGGGAUGAGAAAAUUGAGUUUCAACUUAACCAAAUCAUGA